AUGGGGAAGGCUGCGGUAGAUGGUGUGGGAGUCGAGCUUCCCGCAGCUUUCCCGUUCUCAAAGGUACCUCUCCAGUUUGUCCCCUCCUUGGUCUCGGAGUACUACUACCUUUGUUUGCCCGACACUGACUAUGUACAUCAUCUUGAAGGCCUGUUUCCCUAUUUUCCAGCCUUUGACUUUUGCCUUGAUGUUGCCUAUUUCUCCGUUGUUUGUUUCUUUGGUCUCGCAGUAUUACCUUCAUAUGCCCCCAAUGAAGCGUCAUAUCACCCAGCAUUGGCAUUGGCAACCCGUAGAAAGCCACGGAAUCUGCUGGGUGACGGCUCCUUCAACUUUUUGCCCCGCGUUGGAGGGGCUGUGAUUUUCACUUUUGCAGAGGUCACUUUUACCCCUCCAAGUCCGAAAUCGGCUAGACUCGAUGGCGUGCUCGAUUACAUCAUCCUUGGCUCAGGGCACAUCAUGAGAAAUCACAUCCCAACUGCAGAAGUGCUCCAGCCUCCAGGGAAUAAGGCAGAGUGUGUCACUGUCUCUACGGAGUAUUGUUUUCUUAUCUGGGAGCUCAAGGAUGCGGUCCACUUUGGUCGUCACCUCCCGUCUUGUUAUGUGAUGCCCGACGAUCAGUGGUGCAAUCCAGUCGACAACCUCCAGCUCACUGACCCCCCACUGCUUGGUCACCACAUCAUCCACGCCGCACAUCGAACCAUCACAAAAGAAGAAUCCUACGAGCUCCUCGCACGCCAUCGCCGACAACCGAUGCCCCUCCCGUCUCACGGUCCCACUCACAUCGCCGACCUCCUCCGUUCCCGCGCCGACUGCCGGCUGCCGAUCCCCGGGCUCAAAAAGGACAUCCAUCCUGGAGCAUCGUGGAGAUGGGUAACCUGUAUUUACCCUCUAGUGUGUCAUGUUACUUCUGUCGAGUAUCUCUCUCUGGCACUCUCUGGAUUACAAAUCUGUCGUGGAAGCCCUCAAGGGCUUGGCUUCCCUGCUGACCACAUCUGCAAUUAUGGCUACAAGAUGAGCGUUGGCAUCCAUACUGUCCCCGGUGCCUGUAUGCCUCCCGGGUUGUCGCUACCUGGCAAAGAACGGAGAAUCUUCAAGACUACCCAAAAACCAUUUCAUUUCCAAACCCAUCAUGGUCGAGACAAGUGUCACAAUGACGAGGGGGGAUUCUUAUUCCCUACGGCCAACGCCCGUCGACAAUGCUUCGUUGGAAUCCUAUCUAGUCUCAACGUGCCACUGCUUUCUAGAAGGAUCAUCAGCGUUCUCACGCGCCUCAACCUGUGGUUUGCUCUGGACAAGACUACAGCAGAGACACGGAAGCUUGACAGCUGA